AUGGAUCUCAGUAACUGGUCGAGAAACAAUAUUGGUAAUGUGAAUGAAAAAGCUAAUGAAUGGGAAGCCAAGAUUGAGAUCUUGGAAGAUCAUAACAUUAUGCAUAACAAUGAACAUCCAAGGGAGGAGCUCAACAGAGGUUUUAUUCCUUUCUCUGUGCAUGCUAAGGGUCCUCAAAUUACUCAUCUUACAUAUGCUGAUGGCAUAGUCAUAUUCAGUAGUGGUAACACCAGAACCAAUGCUGUUGGCAAAAGGUGGAUACUUGGUAACUCUCAAGCUUGGAAAUGUCUUCUGUUAGCUAGGGACAAGGAAGAAAAGUGCAUCAUAUGGAAAAUUAACAGAGGAAACAACAACUUCUGGUGGGAUCAAUGGAUAGAAAAUGGCCCUCUAGCAAAUAUUUGUCCUGAGCAGAUGCAAGGAAGAAUAUCUAAACUCAAAGUGAAAGUUUUUCUCACCAACAACACUUGGAACCUGCAGAAACUAUACAACACUAUUCCUGGACAGAUGGCCCUUCACAUAAGUCCUAUUGAAAUUGGAAUUCCAUUCAAAUUCUCUUUCAUAUGCUGGAGACUAUUUUUUGGCAAACUACCUUUCAAUGAAAUCAGGGCAAAAUAUGGGAACCAGGAUGAUAUAGGGUGCUUAUGUUGCAAUACCUCUCAAGUUGAGACUAUUCAACAUGUUUUUGUUGAAGGUGAUGCUGCAAAAAAUUUAUGGAACAAGAUUGGUGCAUCUCUGGGGAUCAAACAUCAAUUAGUACUAGUGAUUGUGGUUAUGCAAAAAUGGUGGAACAGUAAACCAAGAAACAGGGUUCAUAAAACCUGCUUACAGAUUGCUCCUGUGGUGAUAUGUUGGGAAAUAUGGAAAGCCUGGACAUUAUGUAGAUAUGGUGGGAAAAUCAAGUUCUAUCAAUAUAGCAUGGUGACUCAAUGUAUGCUGAACAUCAGAUCUGUGCUUAACAAUACUUUCCCCAAGUGGAACAAACCUGGAGAAGGGGUAGUCAAAUUAAACACUGAUGGAAGCUAUACCAGUGCUAACAACAAAGCGGGCAUUGGAGGAUUUCUUAGAGAUGAACAUGGAGAUUUCACUAUGGCUUUUUCUAAAGCAGUGGAGUGCACCAAUAAUAACCAAGCUAAAGCUUUGGCUGCAGAUUUUGGUAUCAAAUGGUGUUUUCGGAAUGGAUUCAACAACUUUCAUAUUGAGUUGGACUCUACUGCAAUUACCAAUAUGAUCAUUCAAAAAGAUACCAACAACUUAAAGUUGAAGCACAUCAUUAAUGCCAUCACAAACAGGGUUAGAGGUGCUAAUGCUACAGUUCUCAUUGUCUAA